CUUUUACUGUGCCAGUCCACAUAUUUGAGGAAGUGGGUUGGUGCUUGGGGCCAUAUUAAAAGAGGUCUUAAAAGAACUCUUCCAACUCCUCAUUCUUCAGCUGCUGGAUCAGCUCUUCAGACAUGACCAGCACCUCAGGAAAACACAGGUCAAACAUCACUGCUUAGCUACUGAAGAGUAUAGUAAAAAUGGGGAAUCAAGUACCAUCAGAAAGCAACAUGGGCGACGAGCUCAGGUGCUAUAAAUGCGGUAGAGUCCUGAAUCCAUGCACAACCUUUGAUAAUUUAUACCAAACUACUAUUCACGGACGGACUGUACAUGUUUUCAAUGGAGGAGAAUACUACAGACCAGUUGACGAGUGGUUGCAUGAAUGCAACGAUUGUUUUUAUAAGCCAAUCAGAGAUUACGAAGAAAACAUGAGGAGGGAGGAAGAGAGAAGAAGAGAGGAGGAGAGAAGGAGACAGGAAGAAAGAAGGAGAGAGGAGGAGAGGAGAAGAGAAGAGGAGAGAAGGAGAGAAGAGGAGAGGAGAGAAGAGGAGAGAAAGAUGAAAGAACAACAAAAAGCAAAAGAGGCUGAAGAGAAGAGGAGACAAGAAGAGCUGAAUCAAAGACUCGAAGAAUCAAAACAGCGAGCUCAAGAGCAGUUCGAGGAUCAACUGAACAGCGACAUUUCAGAGGAACACGAGUCCAGGAGACGAGUUUUAAUCAGCCACCUGGAUGAGUUUGAGGCAAACAUUGAUUCAGACAGUGAUGGGCUUCUGGAAAUCCUCUCAUCAAAAUGCAGCAUCCCAGUUCAGAACCUCAGUCUCGGUGAGCUGACUGCUGAUCAGCUGGGGAGCGUCCUGUCAGCCCUGGACCAGCUCCUGUUUGACGAGUGGAUCAGUGAUCCUCCAACCCUUAGCACUCUGCAGCACUCACAGGUGUUCAUCACUGAGCUCUGUGUCCUGUCUCUGGAGAUAUCUGAGGGACUUUCCCUCCAAGGCAUCUCCAAUCAUCUGCAGUCCCUGGUGGAGUCCAUCAGCCAAUCAGCAAGCAAUGUUUCUGAGAGUUUCCUGCUGACUCAAGCCCUGUACCUGAACCUGACGCACUUCUUCACCGACCACGGCAGCUGUGAUCCUGAUGCAGUUCUCAUAGCCAAACAGUGGGCUGAGGGGGACCUUUCCACUGAGGAUCUCUUUCUCAUAGACUUCCUCUGCACCCUCACAACAUCCCUACAGAACGUGGUUGGAAGAGCCUCUGUGUUCAUUUUGAAGAUGGAAAUCAAGUGUCUGAAGCUUCUCCUGUUCACACUCACUCAUCUAAAUAACAAGGAAAUCCACUCAGAAUCCACUGAAAGGCUCCUCAGACUUGUGAAAACAAACCAAUGGACACCAACAGAGGCUCUGACUCUGCUCAAAGCACUGUCAGAGAAAUAUCCAGAGGAUGCUCCAAUAACUGAAGUGCUCACAAUGGUACGAGUGUACGACAUAUCACCAGAGUGGACAGAUGACUCUGGACACUCUCUCAUCCAGGCUCUGGACGUCGUUGGUCCUGAGAGAUUCCAACAAGACUUCAGAAAAACUCUCAGAGAGCAAGAUGAGCGUGGUCUAGAUUCAGCUCUAGCUGAAAUAAAAAUGUCCAGGAAUUUGGACGAUUCUGUCGUUGAUAUGAUAAAGAACAUUACCACUGGUGUCCUUCAAUAUUCAGAAAAUGCUCCAAAAGAUGAACCAUUUACAAAAGAUUCCUUUAAAUGUUCAAACCUGAACACAGAUGACAUCCAGAACUCUCUGUCUCAGCUCUGCAGAGCAGUUUCUGACACAAAAGGCUGGUGGCCCACAGUGCAGCAGAUGCUGAGGUGGUGUGUGCUGGUGCUGACUGAGAACAGCGAAGCACUAGAACUGGUUGGUGAGGGAGAGGACCCGUGUGUCAGAGCCAUGUUUGCAGCCACACAAGUCUUCAUGGGGAACAAACUGGACAUUGUCCUCGGCUCUGACGUUCACUCACAUGAACAAACUAAGGAGUGGUUUGACUUCUACAAGCACCUUGGAAUUUCUGUCGACACAAACAUGAACAAAACUAGCACAUCACCAAGGGAAGUCUAUGAAGCAGACAUUGUGUAUGGUACCAUGGAUGACUUCGUCUCUGAUUACCUUCAAUAUGGCCUGGAGCUGAUGGAAACAGGGAACCCUCUCCUCAUCCGAGGAUUCAUCAUUGAACAGAGAAGUCUCAGUGCUUCCCCUGACCUAGACCUUUCAAGGCUCAAGAAAAACAAGGCCUUGGUGUUUGCUGCAGAGAUCCUGCAAAACCUUGUGGGUAAUUUUCACACUGAGGAUAUGGAGCUGAGACACAGGUUUAUCAAGGCUCUUUUUCAGGUGCUCCACAUGAACCUAAACAAACGAGCAGAUGCUGACAGUAAAAUCAUAACCAUCUCAAAGAAAUGUACUGGAAAAGAACUGCCUCCCAAUGAGGUCUACAUUCUGACCAUUCUUGAGAAUCUCCUUAAAGAGUUUACUGGAGAAACAGAAUGUGAGAAGAACAGAGCAUCUCUGGGGGGCAAACUGUGUUUGGAGAGUUUAUUUGCCUGUGCAUUGCGGUUGCAAGCCCCAAAAGAACAAAUCAAAGAACUCUUCCAGAUGGUGUCAAAUCUUGUACGACAACAACUGUGGUCACCAGUAGAAGCUUUAAACCUCCUUGGUGUGUUGACUGACCACCAUCACGAUGAAGACUGUGUUUCCAUCGUGAAGAUUUUACAUCUGAUACAAACAUAUCAGGUGUCUUCUCAGUGGACAGAUGAGGAUAACCAGUCUCUCCUCGAGCUCUUGAACUCAUCUGAAACUGACAAUCUGAUCCAGCAUUUAGAAAAAAGCUUCACAGAUGAGAAAGGAAAAAGCGUUGACUGUCUCUUUGAUGAAAUACGGCAGAUGAAAAACAUUGAUGAACAAACACUGGAGAAAUCAUACUGUGUAGUAAAGACUGUGAUAAAUCUGAUUGAAUCUGGUGAAAUUAAAAACCACAGAGACGUACAGCAAGCUAAGAAUCGGAGUCGUAGCACAGACACAGUAGACCUUCAGGAGAUCCUGGCAGUCUUAUGCAAUGCUGUACACGAGUGCAAUGCUAAAGGGAAGUGGUGGCCCAGAGCCACUCAGAUGAUAAGCUGGUGCCUCUUGGCCUUGUCUGACACUGGAAAGCUCCUGGAGAUGGGAACUGGAGAAGGGAAGUCUUGCGUCAUUGCAAUGUUUGCUGUGCUGCGUGCACUUAGGGGUGAAAACGUAGAUGUGGUGUCCAGCUCCUCCGUGUUGUGUCAAAGAGAUGCAGAAGAAUGGACCGACUUCUACAAAUACUUUGGCAUCACAGUCGACACAAACACAAAUAAAACUGAAGAUAAAGACAGGAAACAAUGUUACCAGAAGGACGUGGUCUACGGAACAAUCGAAGCCUUCGCUGCAGAUCACCUUCGCCAGAUAUUUGAGAUGAAGGAUGUGAGGACUGAUCGCAAAUAUCAGUGCAUCAUCAUCGAUGAAGUGGACUCACUGCUGCUGGAUCAGGGAGUACAGAUGACUUACCUCUCCAGCCCCAUGGUCUCCAUGCAGCACCUGAAUGUUAUUCUGGCCAUGAUCUGGAGCCAUGUCAGCCAGUAUGGCUUCCUGUCAACAGGACACCGGACAUUUGUCCAGGCCCCCCCUGCUUCAUUCUUCAAGGCCAUUUUUGAUUCAAUUUACACAGAGGAAAUUAAUGAUCCCAUGGACAUUUUACGUAUUGCUGAAGAAUCAAAGAUUGUACCAGAAGGAUUUACAGAGGACAUCUUCAACAGUAAAAAAGAUGAACUCCUGAGGAAACUGAAAACUGUGAGUCAAGAUGCAGUGGUAGAUUUUUUCCAAGUAAUGGAGCAAUAUGUCCCCUAUGGGUUUAGUGCAUACACUUUAGAUGAAAAUGGACUGCUCUGUCUUAGAAAGACCAGCACAUACAACAACCAGGACAUUCCAGACCUUGCAUUUCUUGUUUUGGAGGACGGCUUGUGUUGUCCUCUCUAUGAUUCUGAAGAGAGCGUUGUCAAGACCAUUGCAGAAUUAAUCUCAGAGAAGAUUCAGUACACCCCGUGCACAAAUAAUAAAGACAAAACCAGCAUCCCUGGAUUCCUGAGAAAGCUGAUAGAGAAGAAACUGUCAGUGUGGGUUCAGAAUGCCUUUCUGGCAAAGAGACUGAGGCAAGGACGGGAGUAUGUUGUGGAGAAUGACAGUGUCUGUCCAGUGGACUUCAAAUCCACUGGUAUCAUAGAACUGAGUAAGAAAUGGGGUGAUGGCCUGCAGCAGUUUGUUGAGAUCAAACACCAAAUCAAACUGAGCACCAUUUCUACAGUGACAAACUACAUCUCUAACAUUUCCUUCUUUGAAAAAUACCAAGGGAAGAUAUAUGGAACAACUGGGACCCUUGGGAGUGAAACAGACAUGCUGUUUUUGCAGGAACUAUAUCCAAAUCUCUCAGCCUGCAGGAAUGCCACCUUUCAACCGGAAGAAGUUAUUUGA